UAGUUCUGUACUUUUUAUACGAUUCGGAUAUUUUACUAUAAAUAUUGAGGGCAAUCGAUGACACAGUAUCAGUUCACUCAAGCAUUUCAGUUCAGUCAGCAAUCGCAGCUAGUCAACCGACUUAGACAAACUUCAAAAUGUUCGCCAAGAUCAUCUUCAUUGCCGCCCUCGCCAUCGUCGCCGUGAGCGCCAAGCCCGGUCUUGUGGCCGCCCCGCUGGCAUACUCUGCUCCACUGGUGGCCGCUGCUGGUCCAGCUGUGGUGACUGCCCAGAGCUCCCAGUUCAUUGCCCGUAACUACAACGGAAUCGCUCCUCUGGCCUACACUGCCGCUUACACUGCUGCCGCUCCGGUUGCCUAUGCUGCCCCAGCUGCUUAUGCUGCCGCUCCAUUUGCCGCUGCCGCGUAUACUGCUCCAGUUCUGCUGUGAGGUGUAACAUAUUAGGAAUAUUCUCGCUGGAUGUUCAGGGCAACGCAUUUUGUCUAAAGCAAUGGAUCUGAUAUGAUUGAAGUUGAAUGUGAUAAAUAGUACAAUUUUGAAAGCAA